AAUGUAAAUGUGACAUGUAACACUAAAUGAUAGUUUAGUUAUGAAUGUAAUUAAUACAUGAGCUGCGGUAACACUGAGUUUCACUAAUAUUGCUUUAAAAACACAAUCUCUGAAAUCUCGAACUGGACAAGGAACAGUAAGGAGUCAGAGCAGUUGAUCGAAUGAAGGCUAAAGAAAUAGGCGGAGAAGUGAAGAGAAUAUCAAAAUGUCCAGCACAGUUGACAGAGUGACUGUUGCCCACAAACGUGCUCUCAAUAGAAGACGGAGUAGACAGAACCCUCCUCAAUUGAGUGAUCUGAGGAUUGUUCUGCUGGGGAAGAAUGUGUCUGAAAACAGUCGAGUGGGAAACUUCAUAUUAGGACGGGCAUCGUUUGACAGUGAAGCUCCUACAGAUGUUAUAGAGAGAAUCGUAGGAAGACUAAAAGACAGACAUGUGAUGAUCAUCAACAGUCCUCAGCUGCUUCAGCCACAUCUGUCAUUAUAUCAGAUCACACAGAGGGUGAGAGAGUGUGUGUAUCUGUCUGAUCCAGGACCUCAUGUGAUCAUUCUGCUCCUCAAACAUGAUCAGUGUUCAACAGAAGAUCAAGAGUGUGUGGAGAAGGUGCUGGACUCUUUCUCUGAGCGGGUUUUUCAACACACCAUGGUGAUCAGCACGCAAGAGCCCACUGAAACUAAUGAAAUCCUACAAAAAAUAAUUCAGAAAUGUGCAAACAGACACUUCAAUCUUCAGAAAAGCAGCUCUCCUGAUGAUCUUCUGCAGACGUUUGAGGACAUUGUACGAAUGAAUGAUGGACAUCACCUGAUUUGUGCUGAAUAUGACAGUUCACAGUGUCUUACAAUAAAGCAACAAGCCAUAGAAAGACGUGAGUGUGAUUUCAAACUGAUUUUUAAUUAUUGUUCAAAGUGA